CCAGUGUGUAAUUUCUCAUCCAUCCUUCUCUUCUUCCUCACAAAUUUACUUGCAAAUAUUUCAAAAAUGGCAAAACUGCUUGCAACAACAAUGCUGGUGCUGGUUAUAGCAAUAUUACUACCGUUAACUCCGUUAAAAGCUGAGUCCGAUCUAAGAAGGGCACUUGACGUUUUCGAAACCGGAAAAGUUUCAACAACAAAGUAUGAGGUGGACGAAUCAGAGGCUGCUAAUUCACCACCUAAACCUCUGUUGAUAAUUACACCAACUGUUCCUGGUUUAUACCCAGUCAUUAUGCUUCUGCAUGGCACGUGUCUCGUCAACUCUUUCUACAGUGAUCUCUUCCAACAUAUAGCUUCUCAUGGUUAUAUAAUUGUUGCUCCUCAGAUAUAUAUUUGCUUAAACGGAUUAAUACCAAUGCUACCGGUAAGUGGACCGGCAGAACUAGAGUCCGCAGCAGAAGCAGCAAACUGGUUACCUUCAGGCCUGCAAUCUUUCUUACCGGCAAACAUUAAACCCGAUCUAAACAAGCUUUCCGUCGGCGGCCACAGUAGAGGCGGAAAAACCGCAGCUGCACUCACACUUGAGUAUGCAGAAACGCCGCUACAAGUUCAAAUCUCAGCUCUAGUACUUAUAGACCCGGUUGAAGGAGCAAGCAAAAAUAACCCUACCCAGCCCAAGAUCCUAACCUACAUUCCUCAGUCACUGAACUUAUCGAUUCCGGUAGCGGUCAUCGGAACCGGGUUGGGUAACCAGCCGGUCUGCUGGCUAGUCUGUCCUGCUUGUGCUCCUGACGGAGUGAACCAUGAGGAGUUUUUCAAUGAGUUCAAAGCUCCGGCCGGUCAUUUUGUUACUACAGAUUAUGGGCACAUGGACAUGUUGAAUGAUAAUAUAACAGAUGUAGUUGGGAGAUUAACGAAUUCUUUGUGCAAGAGUAGUCGGGAUCCUAAGAAGCCGAUGAGACAAACUGUCGGCGGUAUCAUAGUGGCGUUUUUCAAGGCUUAUUUUGAAGGUGAAAGUGAUGACUAUAUGACUAUAGUGCAACAACCUUCUGUAGCUCCGGCAAAACUUCAUCAUGUCCAAUUGAUUGAAGCAUAAUUUGAUUGCACAACCAUGCAUAGCGUAUUUAUAACAUAUAUACAUGGCAUUUACUUGCAUUUUUCGGCAAAUGCCACUAAAAAUAUCGUUAAUUAUUGUAUCCCUAAAAGUUAUAUAUAUCGGCAUCAAAUUACAAAGUGGGUAUAGAUUACAUGUUGGAAUGCUAGUAAAAGUAGACAAAAAAUCUCUUUUAUUUUUUCAUGUCUUUAACUUGGUCACCGUCAAUUAUUUUAUGGAUUGAUGGCGGUCCAAUUCUUGCUUAAUUUUAGUAUAUUAAGUCUUAUUUUAUUUGAUAAACAGAAAUUUCAGAUCUCUUGAUAGUUA